UACCAUAAAAAUAUCAUUAGAAAAUGCUAUAAUAAUUGGUGAAUAAGAGUUAAUGUCACGAAGUUGUUUAGUCAGCAAUUAUCUUCCUUCCUAUUAGGCUGUGCAUCAUUUAGUGAGUAUUAACAUAAGGGACAGGGAUGUUGAGUAUUGUCACUUUUAUGCACUAUCGUGAGCAGGUUUUUAAUCUGCAGAACAGAUCAUGUGGGCUUUACUGCCACUGUAAACGAGCUUCAAAUUUCAUUUGAUUUUCAAUCCAUAUCCGUGUAAUAAAUUUCCUACGAAAUUGGCUUACAUUCUGAACCUAUUCCUGUGACAAUAUUGUUGGUCCAACUAUGGCCGAAGAAAGUGAACCGGUGGAGCUCAGAUCCCUGAAGAGAAUGUCAACCAUUGGUUACCGUGGAUACAAGAGGGAGCCAAGCAAAAGGGUGUUCGUCAACAGGAGCUUAAUGCUGGAAAGAGUCAAGUUCUAUGGCUUUGACAUGGACUACACUUUGGCAAUGUACAAAUCUCCAGAGUACGAGACACUUGGAUUUGAUCUCAUCCGCGAUGCCAUCGUCACAUUUGGAUAUCCGGAUGCCAUCAAAGAGUUUAAAUACGAUCCAACCUUUCCAGUCAGAGGACUAUGGUUUGAUAUGGAGUACGGAAACAUUAUAAAAGCUGAUCCAUAUGGAAACAUCCUGGUCUGUGUCCACGGAUUUAAGUUCCUGAAAAUGCACGACCUACAUAAGAUAUAUCCGAAUCGAUUUGUUCAGAGGGAUGAGCAGCGGUUCAAAAUCUUCAACACUUUGUAUGAUCUCCCAAUUAUCUAUCUGCUAGCAUGCCUGGUAGAUUUCUUCUCCAACCACUCGGAUUACACAAGGGAGGAUAAAGAACAUGGAAGCAUGGAUAAUGGGGUGAGGAGUGGCGAUAUAACCAUGACCUGGCAUUCCAUUUAUCAAGACCUCAUGUCUGCCGUCAGCGUGGUUCAUGACAAAAACGGACCAUUAAAAGGAGAGACAAUGAAAAAUUUGGAGAAGUAUGUCAUUAAAGAUGAGAGAUUGCCAAUUCUCCUAGACAGAAUGAGAGCACAUGGUUCUAAAGUCUUCCUUGCAACGAACAGCGGAUAUCAAUAUAGUAAUAAAGUGAUGUCCUACAUGCUGAAUGAUGAUAAGCGUGACUGGACUUCCUAUUUUGAUUACAUUGUUGUGGAUGCCAAAAAGCCUUUGUUCUUUGAAGAAGGAACAAUCCUACGCCAAGUUGACAAAGAAACUGGUGCCUUAAAACUAGGAGCUCACACAGGCCCAAUUCAAUCUGGACAGAUAUAUUCUGGAGGUUCCAUUAGUGUGUUUCAUGAGCUGAUGAAGAUUUACGACCAGGAAGUGUUGUAUGUUGGUGACCACAUUUUUGGGGACAUCUUAAAGACUAAAAAGGUGCGGGGUUGGCGUACGUUCCUGGUGGUGCCAGAACUGGCGCAAGAACUCUUUGUGUGGACCAAGAAAAAGACUUUGUUUGAGAGACUGGAGGAUUUAGACAUGCAGAUUGGUGAAAUGUACAGACACCUUGACAGUGAAAGUGAAACUAAGCCAGACAUUAGCAACAUCAACCGACUAAUCAAGGAAACAACUCAUGAGAUGGACAUGGCAUAUGGAAUUCUAGGAAGUGUCUUUAGAAGUGGAUCCCGUCACACAUUCUUUGCCAGUCAGAUUAUGAGGUUUGCCGACCUUUAUGCUGCCUCAGUUGACAAUCUGCUCCACUACCCAUUCUGCUAUGUCUUCAGAGCUCCAAAUAUGCUGAUGCCUCAUGAGUCAACAGUGGACCAUGAAGAUACAUUACAUAUAGAAUCUCAGGGAAUGGCCCUCAGGUCCAGGGAUAUGCGGGAGGAUUCGCAGGAGGAACGCAGGAAAAGGCUGGAGCGGACUCACAGCAUCGUCCCGAAUCUGAUCUGUCCGACACCUCGUCAGUUUACACAGUUAACGGAGGACGACAGCCCAGACGGCACCGAUCCCAGUCUGUCAACGUCAAAUCGAGACUAAAAACGCACGCCCAUGUUCCUUUGAACCAUGAUAUCUGACCUUUUUUUCUAAGCUUUGGUAAUACACAUGUACCUCUGUAGUGUGUCAGAUUGACUCAUUUAAAACUUAUUCUAUUUGAUGAUGGACCACCUUUUUUAGUUAGAAUCCUCAGACAUAUUUCUUUUUUUUUGCUACAUUUAUUACAGUCCUCAGAUCCUAUACUUUGUGUAUUAAAUUUAUUACUUGCUGCAUUUGAUCAAAUAUAUACCGGUUUCAUUAUGUGCAAAAUGGUCAAAAUAUAAAGUUGAUGUGACUUUUUUAUAUUAUGUCAAUAUAUGUAGAUAUAUAAUUGUCUCCUUGUUUUUGUAUGCCUACCUCACCACUUACAAAACUGCUGCCAUUAGCCAUGCUUUGUUGAUUUUCAUUGUUAAAUUUGUUUAAGAUGUUUUAAUCUUUUUUGUUGGUAGGGGGGAGGAGGUGUUCAUUAUUAAUGGGCAAUUACUCUGUUAUGUCAUAAAAACAGCAUUUAUCUAGGCAAGCAAAUUACAGGGGUUUAUGUUUCAGGCCUUUUUUUUAUUUUAAAUAAUUAUUAUGUGAAUAUUUUGUUUGCUUUGAAUACUUGUUAUGUGAAUAAUAUUAUGUCACCUAUUUAUACACAUCUUGUUGUCUAAGAUAUGUUCUGAGGGUAGCAAUUACAUGGACUGGCAUACUAUUUGAUACUAUGAGAGUUUUGCACACAGAAGGUGAAAGAUUGUUUAUAAUCCAGAUGCUUUUGAGAUUUUUGUUACAGACUGAUUUUAUAAAAAUAUUUUUAAGCUAUGCAUAAUACUUGAUGUACAAACUUGUACUAUAUAUUACACUCAAUUUCUUUAAUGUCUCCAUAAAUGAAAGUCAUACAAUUUUUGGAGAGAGAAAAAGCCACGUUCAAGAUCCAGAAAAUUGUUCAAUGUUGUCAUGCAUAUAUUGACAGAUUGAGAUUAAAUCUAAUCUUUUUAUUUGUCAUAUUGAAAUCCUGACCCUAUUACAUUAUCUAUGACUAAAAAACUCAUUUAAAAAGUUUAUACUGACCACUCAGCCUCCUGAAAGAAAUUUUAAAUUAUUCCAAGAUAUUAAGGUUUACAUUGCAAAAAUCAUUUUCAUGAUGAUUUUGUUUACAUUUAUGAGUUUGAGGUUUUUGUUGAAAAAAUUAUAUCAAAAUACAUAUGUUUAAUCAGAGUUCUAAUUUUAUACAUAUUUGUUGUCAAAUGAGCUGCAAACCUUGUGCCAUCCAGUUUAUUAAGGUGAAUAUGUAUUUAAACAUAUACUACUACAUGUAUAUACAAUUCCAAAAUAAUGAAAUGUAAGCAAGAGGAACAACUGCAAUAUGUAUCAAAUACAUUUAGAGUAUUUCAUGUUUUCUUGAUUUUUUUUUCUACAAAAUUUAUGUUUAAUAAAAAUUCUAAUUUUACACUAGGUUUACACCUGAAUUGUUUUCUGUGGUAGCUUUAUUUUACACAAGUUUUUUUUUUCUUAAAUCAACCCUUCCCUUAUAACAUUCCUUUACUUUACUUUUCUUUUUCUGUCCAUGUUUUUUUUUUUAAAUGUUGUAAUAUCCCUUUAUAAUCUUAAUUAGAGAUUAUGCUAUUUUGAUUGCUGAUUAGAUUAGUUGUUGCUCUGUAGAGACUUCCCUAAAUUAUACAUGUAUCUGAGCAUUGUUAUGAAGAACGGUGAAGAAUCCAGUGUUAAUUGUUACUUUUGAAAAUUUUCUAUCAUUUUAUUUUUGAAGAGACCACAUAAUUUAAGCGACAGGCACCUGAUGUUGAACAUUUUUAUUUUUUAUAAUUAAAACCUUAAUUAUUUUUCUUUUUUAAAACUGCAUAUAGUUUAUUUGAAAAUCAAUAUAUCUUUUGAAUGCAAAAACUUAAUUAUUUUUCAACUAAAUGAUAACUUUUACCGGUAUAUAUAUAUACAAAAUACAUGCAUAAAUGAGAACUUUCAACUAAAUGAUAACCUUUAGCAGUACAUAUAUACAAAAUACAUGCAUAUAUGAGAACAUAUUUAUUUUUUUUUAAAAUUUUACUGAUUUUUAUAGUUUAGAAUUCUAUUUAGUUAAUAUAGCCUCAUCCCACUUAAUUCUCCAAAUGUUUAAUAUAAAAACAAUAUAAGAGUUAUAAACUUUUUUAAUGUACAUGUAAAAAUCUUAAACAAAGGGGUAUAUUUUGGAUAAAGGAAUUAUCAAAUUUUGUUUAUAUAGGAGCAAACAACAAUGUUAACAAUGUUAAUUUAAAUAUCUGAGUGAACUACAAAAACAUAUUUGUUCAUAAUUUUGUUGUUUCUUUAUAUAUUUAUAAGUUAUAUAUUUACAAGUAACAACGUACUUUUAGUGCAAUACACGAAAUAUCAAUAAUACAUAUGAUGUACUUACUUAAUGUUGACACAAAUAAUUAUUAAGGUCUUCCGUUUCCAACGGAAGACCUUUCUAUUAUUGUGCGGGAAAAAUUAUUUUUCUUUUUUUUUUUUUUCUUCCUAGACGCGAACUUUGAGGCUUCAUAUCUUGCUUAUUUCUGAACGGUUUUUGCUCAAAUUUUCAGGGCUAAUGUACUUUACAAAACACUAUCUUAAGCAAUUCAUAAAAUUUAGAAUUCCCCUUCCGUUAAAGAGUUAUUCCCCUUUUAAAAAUUUUUAGGGCCUUUUGUUUCCAGACAAAGGCUCUGAGACUAUGAUAGCAGGGAAUGGGAAUCCAACGAAUUUGAAUAACAGAGACAUUGUAGUUGUGCACAUCUGUUUUUGUUUUAAGAUUACGUUUUUUAUUUAGGAAAAGGUAGGGGAUCAAAAAACAGGAUUCAAAAAAGUGCGAAAAUUUAGACAUAUUUUCCUUUAUAUCUUUUAAACGAAAAAUAUUUUGUUAAGACAUGUAGAAUAAAAGUUGUGCAAAAUAUAGAGGGCUUUCAUUUGACACCAAUAAAAAAGGGCUGGCCCCUUAAAUUAAGGGCCAAUGGCCCCUAAAAAAUUUUGCUUAAUAACUCAAAAACGGUUAGGAUUUUGAUAUGGCUGUCGCUGGAAAAGUUGUUUGUUGGGAUCUCAUAAAGGUCGUUACAAUGUUAUUUUGUAUGUGAUUUGUGUAGUAUGAGUGUAAAAAGCUUUACAUGUUGACAUGUACAUGUUUUCAUUUGACAAGUUAACGAAAGUCUUUGUGCGUACAACUGGCAUAAAGUUGCCGCAGAAAGUAUGCUGGUUUAUACAGGAGGCAUUAAUUCAUAAGAAUUUUUGUUGUUGUUGGAGUAUACGCUUUUCCUUUAGGAGUUAAAAUUAUUGUUGUUACGUUCUUGUAGUGCACAAUCAUUAAAAACGGCAAUUGUAAAACAAAACAUUCUUUUUCUUUUCUAGUAAACCACAAAAUAUGGAAUUAAAAAACUCUAUGCAUUACAUUUUAGUUAUUAACUCCAUGCAUUUAAAAUCUACCUUGAAUCAGAGCUGCAUGUGUGUGUGUACCAUUACGUAAGCUCUCCCUUGCCCGCGGCCGAGAAAAUCGGUUACCAUGCUCGCGGCUGGACUACCUAGCGGUCAGCGGUUAUCUAAUACACGAGAGUUGCGUCUCUCAUAUAUGAGUUUAUGUAGCCGCGAACUCAAGAAUUGUUUUAGUUUUGAUUACACAAAAUCUUUUGUGGAUUAAACGAUUGGAUGUCAAGUAAGAAAUAGUUCAUUUAAUUAAUAAAUUAAAGCAAUGUCAUUCUCUAAAGCAAUAAUAGACAUAGAUCAAUUGUGGGGUUUAAGUUUAAAAUAUAUAAUUUCUAUUUGAUAGAGUAAGGUCAUUAUACUGCAAACUUUUCAAAUCUUCCUUGGUUCUGAGCUGUGCGAUUCUGUGCUUUGUACCUUUACGUAAUCUAUUCUUCGCCCACGGCCGAGGAGAUCAGCCACGGAUGCAUUACCUAGCGGUAAGCGGUUAUUUAAUACACAAGAUUCGCACACCGCGACUUACACUUACAUGCAUAUGAACGUGUUUGAGUUAAUAUAGCCGUAUAUACAAGAACUGUUUUAAUUUUAUGUUAUAAAAGUUUGUCCUACUUGUAUAUAUAUUUAAUUAAAUAUUUGAGUGUAAAUGAAUAUUAAUGAACGAUAUUACU